CUAAAAAAUUGGUUUAUCGCGACGACUAAAGCUUGCCGCUCCCGACGCUCAACCAGAGAAUAAACCCGACCUCGAGCAUUGACGACAUAGUAUCUUCCGUCUCUUGGUCGCCGACGUCGCCAAGCAACAUCUCGAGCCCUGGAAUUACUCCUUGUAAUUGAUUCGGUUGGAAUAAAUCCGGUCUUUUGCUUAUUACGAUCCAAGCUAUAAACCUCCUCACCUACAUCAUCAAUCUCCAAAAUGGUGCAGCCCACCACUCUCGUAACGGCAUCCGUUGCUACCGCCGCCGCCGCCAUUGUCGGUUACGCCAUCUACUUUGACUACCAACGUCGAAACCAGGCCGAGUUCCGCCGAAACUUGAGGAGGAACGAGCGCAAGCAGGCCCGCGUCGCAAAGGAGGAGGCAGAGGCUUCUACCCAGCAACAACGUCAGAGCAUUCGCAUCAGAGUGGAGGAGGCCAAGGAGGAGGGGUUCCCUACUGGUGUUGAGGAGCGGGAAGCUUUCUUCAACGAGCAGGUCAUGGCCGGAGAGAUGCUCAGCCAAGAUCCUUCCAAGGCUCUUGAGUCUGCUUUGGCCUUCUACAAGGGUCUCAAGGUCUACCCUGCCCCCGGUGACCUGAUUCGAAUUUACGACAGCACUGUUCCCAAGCCCAUAUUAGACAUCUUGGCUGAGAUGAUCGCAUACGACUCAUCUCUCGACAUCCGAGCGCCCGCCGCUCCCGCAGGCAUCAAUCUCUCUGACAUUCCUAACGUUGGUCUCGAUUAAAGAGGGAUGUCAUCUGUCCGAGUUUCCUCUCCGCUCUUGGCACAUAUAUACCCAGACGUUGGAAAUGCUCUUGAAUUUUAACACCCUUCCCCCCAAAUCUGUACCAUGAAAAGUCUGAACAACAGGCUUUCACAAAGAAAUGUCUAAUGGAGACCUGACGGCCUUCAAUGUACCAUAGUUCCGCUCUUCCAGCUUCCAUAGAGCUUUGUGUAAACAAAUGUACGUUGAAACGAAUAGGUUUAUGAACAAAAAUUGCUGGCUGUAUUUCAGAAGCACAAUGCCUCAUGAGGAUGCCAACUAUCGGGGGAAGGAAGCCACAGGAUUUCUUAAGAUACAUACACCAAGACUAUCCGUGAUGAACAGGUUCGAUACGGGCUUUGUUGUGGCCUGUGACGUAACAAACGACAUGGCAUUGGAGGCUAGUGACUAAGUAGCUAUGUUAUUAUGUUUGCUGAAUUACGAGUAGAAUGGCUAACAGACCGAAGACUCCAUAUACUAACAUGCGGCUGUGGGAUGUCACUCAGGGCAUCGAACUGUGG